CUCCCACUUAAAGAUGGUCUGACUGAGGAAAGUAAGUGCAAUGAAGGAGCUGCUGUCUUCUUGAACAAGUCGCACGCCUUCGCCUUUAGCCGGAUCAGCCGAGGGCGACAAUCCCAGGAGAUCCGCCGAUAGAAUGCCAGUAGAGGUGACCCCUCUUCAGAUGUGGGAACAUGUUGGCUAUGGACCAAGGAGUCGUGGAGGAAUGGCUUUCAGAAUAUAAGACGCUGCCAGACAAUGCCGUGUCAGCAUAUGCCGUAUCGCUGAGGGACAAAGGUGCCCUGGUGCUCGCACUCUACAAGGUCAUCCGAGAGAACUACAGUGAACUGCUGGAGCCAGUGUGUCACCAGUUAUUUGAGUUUUACCGGAGUGGCGAGCCGCAUCUGCAACGAUUCACUCUCCAGUUCCUGCCGGAACUGCUGUGGAGCCUCCUCUCCGUCAGCGCCGCCAGAGACCCGCACACCUCGGGCUGCAUCGAGGCCCUGCUGCUCGGCAUUUACAACCUGGAAAUAGUCGAUAAAGAUGGACAGAGUAAAGUAUUAUCCUUCACCGUCCCUUCCCUUUCUACGCCUUCGGUGUAUCACGAGCCGUCGACCAUCGGAUCCAACGCCCUGACAGAAGAAGCCCUGGCCAAUCACGGACUGAGCAGGGUGGUGUACAGCGGGCCACACCUCCAGAGAGAGAACUUCACCGCACAGAACAGAUUUGAUGUGCUGACCUUCCUGUUGCUGUGCUACAACGCUGCACUCAGCUUCAUGAGCACCGCCUCCCUCCAGUCCCUCUGCCAGCUCAGCUCCCGAGUGUGUAUAUGUGGUUACCCGCGGCAACAGAUGCGGCGCUAUAAAGGUAUUAGCGCGCGGAUGACGGUCACAUCAGAUUUCUUGGUUCAACUCCUCACGGGAAUACACUUUGCAUUGUGCAACGGGGAAGCGGAACUGGGAUCCAAGGCCCUGGAUGACGUUCUGUAUCGGGCCCAGCUGGAGUUGCUCCCCGAAGCGCUGUUGGUGGGUAACGCCAUCAAGUCGUCGCUGCGGGGAGCAGCGCUGAAGAGCAACACCAAGGAGGGCGCGCGGAGUAUCCAGGUGGAGAUAACACCCACCGCCUCCAGGAUCUCCCGAAACGCUGUCACUUCCCUCUCUAUAAGGGGCCACCGCUGGAAACGACACGACGCAGUGGAUCUGGGUUCCCCGGACGAGCUGAUGGAUAUUUCCGAGGCGGACGAGGGGGUGUGGCCAGGCGGGGCGGGGCCCGACGUGAACCCGCCCACCAUCACCAUCAGCAACAGCGUGACCACGUUAAACCUGGGCGCCAAGGCCAUGAAGAAGUGUCGCCUGGGCGGGCGCGGCAGCAAGGACAAAGAGGCCGCCAGCGAGCACGGCGAGGUCUCCGCCAAGCGCCUCACGCUGACCUCCAGCCAGUCGGUGCCCAAGACGGGGGCGCUCACCAGCCUGACGCGCACCGCCAGCGCCGUGUUCUCCCGCUCCUUCGAGCAGGUCGUGGGCGCCGCAGCCCCGCCCCCCAGCAACCACGCUGCCUCAGAAUCCGCCCACUAUCCACGCAGUCUUCAAGAGGAAGGGACGGGGUACUUGAGUCCGGCUGCCAACCACACGCCGCGCUCUCCCAGCAUCGGCGUGCACCUCGGCGCCGACCUUUGAGCUUUUUAACACCAACCUUUCCCAGUCUACACACCUGGACCGCCAAGCCAUGACCACUCCGAGGGCGAGGAACACUCUGGUGGUUUCUCCACGCCGUCAACCGCCUGCGUUCUCUGGGACAAAGAAAAACCACCUCGCAGCUUUCUCUGACUGCUCCGGUUGUCAGGAACUAAUUGCACUCCUCACCUGGUCUAAAUAGGUGACUUGAAGGGGAUCGGCGCUUUCUUCGGAAUUUUGCCUGUCAUUCACAACCCUGAGGUAAGACAAGAACACUUUUCUUUUUUUGAUGCAUUCUAAAUAGCUCAUAAAUGUCAUCAAAAGUCCGCUUACAAUGGAGUCGCCGCCAAUAAAGCCCUUAAAAAAACAUCCAAUUAACUAAAUAUAUAUGUAUAAAUACAUCUAAUAUUUACAUAUUUUGCACGUUUGAAGCAUAUUUAUUUCAAAAACGCGUCACGACAUUCGCUUUUUCCCUCGACAUCACUUACUGUACGAUGUCUGCUCUCAUUUGGGCGCCAAGUGAUAGAAUGUUAUGUACAGUACAGGCCACACCUUCUUGUUCAAUGUGUUUCCAUGACUAUUUACAUUGUAGAUAGUCACAUCAAAACUAUGAAUGAACACAUGUGGAGUUAUGUACUUAACAAAAAAAAAAGGUGAGAUAACCGAAAACAUGUUUUAUAUUCUAGAUUCUUCAAAAUAGCCACUCUUGGCAUUCUCUCCAUGAGCUUCAAGCACACCUGUGAAGUCAAAACCCAUUCAGGUGACUUCCUGUUGGAGCUCAUGGAGAGAAUGCCAAGAGUGUGCAAAACAGUAAUCAGAACAAAGGGCAGCUACAAAAAGGUUGAGGACCACUGAUGUAGAUGAGCAUAGUAACUAAUUAGAUGAGCAUAGUAACUAAUUAGAUGACCAUAGUAACUAAUUAGAUGAGCAUAGUAACUAAUUAGAUGACCAUAGUAACUAAUUAGAUGAGCAUAGUAACUAAUUAGAUGAGCAUAGUAACUAAUUAGAUGAGCAUAGUAACUAAUUAGAUGAGCAUAGUAACUAAUUAGAUGAGCAUAGUAACUAAUUAGAUGAGCAUAGUAACUAAUUAGAUGACCAUAGUAACUAAUUAGAUGACCAUAGUAACUAAUUAGAUGAGCAUAGUAACUAAUUAGAUGACCAUAGUAACUAAUUAGAUGAGCAUAGUAACUAAUUAGAUGAGCAUAGUAACUAAUUAGAUGAUCAUAGUAACUAAUUAGAUGACCAUAGUAACUAAUUAGAUGAGCAUAGUAACUAAUUAGAUGAGCAUAGUAACUAAUUAGAUGAGCAUAGUAACUAAUUAGAUGACCAUAGUAACUAAUUAGAUGACCAUAGUAACUAAUUCGAUGACCAUAGUAACUAAUUCGAUGACCAUAGUAACUAAUUCGAUGAGCAUAGUAACUAAUUAGAUGAGCAUAGUAACUAAUUAGAUGAGCAUAGUAACUAAUUAGAUGAGCAUAGUAACUAAUUAGAUGACCAUAGUAACUAAUUAGAUGAGCAUAGUAACUAAUUAGAUGAGCAUAGUAACUAAUUAGAUGAGCAUAGUAACUAAUUAGAUGAGCAUAGUAACUAAUUAGAUGACCAUAGUAACUAAUUAGAUGAGCAUAGUAACUAAUUAGAUGACCAUAGUAACUAAUUCGAUGACCAUAGUAACUAAUUCGAUGAGCAUAGUAACUAAUUAGAUGACCAUAGUAACUAAUUAGAUGAGCAUAGUAACUAAUUAGAUGAGCAUAGUAACUAAUUAGAUGACCAUAGUAACUAAUUAGAUGAGCAUAGUAACUAAUUAGAUGAGCAUAGUAACUAAUUAGAUGAGCAUAGUAACUAAUUAGAUGACCAUAGUAACUAAUUAGAUGAGCAUAGUAACUAAUUAGAUGAGCAUAGUAACUAAUUAGAUGAGCAUAGUAACUAAUUAGAUGACCAUAGUAACUAAUUAGAUGAGCAUAGUAACUAAUUAGAUGAGCAUAGUAACUAAUUAGAUGAGCAUAGUAACUAAUUAGAUGACCAUAGUAACUAAUUAGAUGAGCAUAGUAACUAAUUAGAUGAGCAUAGUAACUAAUUAGAUGACCAUAGUAACUAAUUAGAUGAGCAUAGUAACUAAUUAGAUGAGCAUAGUAACUAAUUAGAUGAGCAUAGUAACUAAUUAGAUGAGCAUAGUAACUAAUUAGAUGAGCAUAGUAACUAAUUAGAUGAGCAUAGUAACUAAUUAGAUGAGCAUAGUAACUAAUUAGAUGAGCAUAGUAACUAAUUAGAUGAGCAUAGUAACUAAUUAGAUGAGCAUAGUAACUAAUUAGAUGAGCAUAGUAACUCAUUAGAUGAGCAUAGUAACUCAUUAGAUGAGCAUAGUAACUCAUUAGAUGAGCAUAGUAACUCAUUAGAUGAGCAUAGUAACUCAUUAGAUGAGCAUAGUAACUCAUUAGAUGACCAUAGUAACUAAUUAGAUGAGCAUAGUAACUCAUUAGAUGAGCAUAGUAACUCAUUAGAUGAGCAUAGUAACUCAUUAGAUGACCAUAGUAACUCAUUAGAUGAGCAUAGUAACUCAUUAGAUGAGCAUAGUAACUCAUUAGAUGAGCAUAGUAACUCAUUAGAUGACCAUAGUAACUAAUUAGAUGACCAUAGUAACUAAUUAGAUGACCAUAGUAACUCAUUAGAUGAGCAUAGUAACUCAUUAGAUGAGCAUAGUAACUCAUUAGAUGACCAUAGUAACUAAUUAGAUGACCAUAGUAACUCAUUAGAUGAGCAUAGUAACUCAUUAGAUGAGCAUAGUAACUCAUUAGAUGAGCAUAGUAACUCAUUAGAUGACCAUAGUAACUAAUUAGAUGACCAUAGUAACUAAUUAGAUGAGCAUAUCAUGCAAAAGCGCAGAUUCCAAGCAUUGAAAUACUUAGUAUAGUUCAAUACUUGCAUAAAUUAUAAAACAUCACUACACAAUAAUGGCAGCUACACUUUCCAUUCUAAAGAUCUAAAAACAAUUAGUUGGAAUAGUCCAGCGGGCCAGAUUGAAAAGCCUAACGGGCCACGUGUGGCCCCCAGGACCUUAAUUUGCUCAGGUCUGAUCUAGAAUAAACUUUCACAAUAUAACAAAUACUGAGUUAGUAUUAAAGUUGUGAAAUGCAAACACGGCCAAAUGAGUAAAAACAAAAGGUGAAAUGUUAUUAGAAAGAGUUGCGAAGGUAAUAUCACUAACAUUUAAUCAUUCCGAUUAGCCGAUUUUUGUGAUAAAUACACAAUUCUUAUUGCUGAUUAAUGCCUUUUAAAGUCGACCUCCUCUGGCUGACAUUAAUAGUUUGUAGUCUCCCGGCUGACUAGUGGCUAGCAUUGUGGAGCCACUCUCCCAAACUAUUAAUAUUCACCUCCAUACCUGCAAAUAAACUGCAUUUCUUAGUAUUUUAAGUACAUUUAUCAUCGGAGGAUGAGGCUAUACAUGUUACACACCGAGAGCAAGCCAGGAGCAGCUAAGCCAGGGGUGUCCCAAGUGCGGCCCGGGGGCCUUUUGGGGCCCGCAGCUCAUUUUUUAACGGCACAUUUUAAAAAUACAAUUGAACAAAAUAAAAAAACAUAAAAAGUGGCAUAAAAGAGCAAACAGCUGAAAUGUAACAAAAAAUGUUGCAAUGUUUAUUACUCUAAUAACACAAAGCUGCCAUGCAGGCUGUUUCCUUCUUUAAAAAAUAAUAAUGAAUCAAAAUAAAUGUCAUUUUGAAUUAUUGACCUAUUUAAGGCUUUGAUUACGUCACAUUAAAUAUUCCACUUUGAGAUAUUUUGGGGGAAAAUGUUGCAUAUUUUGUGUUUUGCCAAAUAAAAAACUGAGCUGUUUUAUUUAAAGAAGGGCCUGAAACAAAAAAAAAACAAUAACACUUAAAAUUGACGGAUAGAUCUGAAGUUUAUCUCGAGAUUAUUGUGCUAAAAGUAAACGGUAAAAAAAAAUUAUAAUUUAUUUUUUAACACGAGUAGGAAACUUUUGGAUCCCCAAUUAUUUUAGUGUGAUUUGUUUUUAAGUGUCAUUGCUCAAAAAAUAAUAAUAAAUCAAAAUCCAAAAUUAAGGCUCCAAUUAUUAUAUAAUCUCAAAUAUUCCACCUAAAAAAGUUACCGGGUGAAAAUAUUGCAUAUUUUGUGUUUUUUCCAUUUUUUUUCUAAUAAAACUUGCAUACUAAUAAAAAUAAUAAUACUGAAUAAUGACACAUUUUUUAUAUAUUUUUUUACCAAAACCCUUUGGGGUCCCCGGGAUCAUAACUGAGUGGAGGCCUAAAUGUAUAUUUUUUAUACAUAUAUUGUAUUGGUUUUUAAAAUAAAAAAUAUGAAAAUGGCCCCCGCUUGCUCUGAUUUUUCAGUGUGGCCCUCAGUGGAAAAAGUUUGGACACCCCUGAGCUAAGCUAACCGCUAAACAAGCUUUAAACAACAACAACGUUUCAUAAAGUUUAAGAAGUGUAGCUGGAUGUUUUAUUGGCGCUUUUUGGAUGCUUCUUUUGUGGGUUUUAAGGGCGGGAAAAUGUAAGCGGACUUUUAUUUACGAAUAUAAGAGUUACCGUAUUUACUUCAAUUGCCGCCGGGCAUAUAGUAUGCGCCUGACUAGAAUUACUGCCGGGUCAAACUCGCUUCGCAAAAUAAUUAGCGCAUGCUUAGCAUUACCGCUGUCUCAGGAUUAACGUCGGGUCAAACUCGUUUUGCAAAAUAUUAUUUUUAUUAGUGCAUGUCUAGAAUUUCCACCGGGUCAAACUCGUCACGUCACGAGUGACACUUCACCUGUCAUCAUUUUCAAAAUGGAGGAGGCUGCUUUCAAUCAUUUGAAAUCGCAUAAAGGGAAGAAGAUUAAGAGCUAUUCAGUAGGAUUUAAGGUCCAAGCUAUUGAAUAUGCUAAAAAGAACAGUAAGCAGCUAUGUUUUAUUAAUAUACCUGUGGAGAGGUGGAGCCGACGGUCCGACAAGAUGGCGGCGAGGAGACGGCGAGCGGAAGAGCGACCUGGACUGAGGUUUUAUUGAAAAAUAAACAGUCAAACUGCUCAAGCUAUGUCCUUCCUUGGUGGUCCUAGCAACCAGCAAGACGGCGGCUUGAGACCGUCACAAUACCGUAGCUGCGUGUGUCAAAUAUGAGUAACUAAAUGAUUCCCGCCUCCUGGUGGUAGAGGGCGCUAGUGAUCCUUCUUGCGACUACUCGGCUGCAGAAGAAGUGACAAUGAGUGACGUGAUAUGUGCUGGGACGGAUAUGACGGACUUUCUGAUAGCGGUUUUCUAAACUGGACUUUCAAUGGAAGCAGGAGGUAAUAAAGGAAGAUCUCCAUCGAGACAGAGAGACUUUUAAAACUGAAGAAAGAUAAGGAAAACUUCUAUAAACAAAUUAUCGAUGCUUUAUAAGUAAAGGUAAGACCAUAAUAAUGUUUUUUUUAAUCAAAUGUGCUUUUCAUGAUGGUAUCCUUACAUCACACUCAAAUUUUUACUGCUUGCCUUUGGUAAGUGCCGGAGUGAGAAGAGGUUUUAAAUUAAUUAGCGCCCCGGUGGCAAUUCAAGGAAAUACAGUAGUAUGCAUUAAAAAAAAAACGUUGAACGAUUGUGAAAAUUCCCAAAAAAAAGUGCAGUUCCCCUUUUAAGGCUCAUGAAAAAAAACACUGUGUGACAAAAGUAUUUGGACUUCCUCCCAGGCGUGUGUUGCCUCUGCAUGCCUUCUUCACCUUUACCUUCCCGCUCUGUGUGCCGGGGUCGAUGUUUAGUGUUCAAGUCUCCCAAAUGAUGUUUUUUAAGCGUGGAGGCUGCUGGUGUGGAUGGAAGACGUCCAAUCUUUGUCGGACUUUUUAAAGAUUGCUUGCUUCCCUCGUAGCAAUACACUUUUGAUCAGUGUUUCCCUUCUUUCCGACGCCACUUUCUACAAACUGGAGGGAGAAAGCACUCGCCAAAAAGGAUCCAGGUGGGUUCCGGAUGUUUACGACGACAAUAUUGGCAGCGAACAAAGUCAGUGGAAGUAUUGCACUGAGAGAAAAUAUAUAUAUUUUUUUGGAAUGAGUUGUGGUGCACCAGCAGUCCAUGUUGGGGUCGUACUCUUGAAGUGAAGAUUCUCAGCAUCUUUGUAUUUACUUCCUCUCUUCCUUUGUGGUAAUCACUUUGCAGAACUUUGACAUUUUUCUUGAAGAACAAACACAAAAAAAUCCUCUUCUUAAUUGAAACACUGCCCUUGUCUGUGCUCCUAACUGUUGCAUAUUUUGGUGGGACAAUCUCCGUGUUUUGCUGAGUCGCUCUUGUUGUACUAAAGAUGUUUUUAUUGGCCUUUUUUUAUGUCACUCCCGGAAAUAAAAGUGUUUCUCUGGA